AGCGGCAGAGCGGAGCGGAGCUGUGAGGCGCCAGCGCGGAGCAGGCGGAUCGGCGAGCGCGAGGUGGAGCGCGGGCGGCCGGGAAAGCUCUAGGGCGGACGGCGGCGGCGCGAGCGCUCGGCCCGGGCCUGCGGGAGCCGGAGACCGCGGCGGCGGCGGCGGCUGCUGCCGGAGGAGCCGAAGGGACACCGCCCUGCCCGCGCUCUGCCUCAGGCCAUCGCUGCUCCCCCGGGGCCCCGCGAGAACUCGCCUCUGUGAAGUGUCACCAUGUCUGACCGGAAGGCAGUGAUCAAGAAUGCAGACAUGUCUGAGGACAUGCAGCAAGAUGCUGUUGACUGUGCCACACAGGCUAUGGAGAAGUACAACAUAGAGAAGGACAUUGCUGCCUAUAUCAAGAAGGAAUUUGACAAGAAAUAUAAUCCUACCUGGCACUGUAUCGUGGGCCGAAAUUUUGGCAGCUACGUUACACAUGAGACAAAGCACUUCAUCUAUUUUUACUUGGGUCAAGUUGCAAUCCUCCUCUUCAAGUCAGGCUAGGUGGCCACAGUGAAGGUGUCAGUGGCGGCGGCAGCAAUGGCAAGCAGGCAGCGUUGCUGGGACUGUUUUGCACUGGGGCCAGCAUCAGGAUGUCCUCUCCAAUGGCUGUGCUACUGCAUGGACUGUAUACUCGAUUUCAUGUGUAUGUCGCAGUAAACAAAACCAAACUUCUUUCUGUUUAGUUGCCUGGGGAAGAAGGCUGCUUUAUGUUUAUUUUUCAAGACUUAAAUUUUUUUUUUGGUUGUAUUGCACUAGGAAAUCUCUCCCACUCCUCCCUUUUCUCUUUCUCUCCCUAUACAAAUAAAAAGCCCUCAACAAGGCCUGUAAGACUAGGAGGGCUGGGGAAAAGAAAUAGGUUUCUGGAGGUGGAACUAAAACUGCAGCUGCCUCUUCCUGGUGGUGGAUGCUGCUUUAGGAGGGCCAGGGAGGCUGUGGGAGGGACAGUGUUAGGAUUGACAAGGAGAGAGGGAUAGAAUGGAGGGUAGGGGGAUUGAUCUAGUACCAGGGAGAAUAUUCCACUGAACUGUGAUUCCACGGCUUGGGGCAGGGGUUGGGGCUGGAGUCUUUAAGGGGCCCUGAGACGUGUUUGUCUGUGGUGUGUGGGAGUGGGGAGCAGACUUGUCUUGCUGUCUUUGUCAGAAGAGUUUCUAAGUAAGGGCUGUGUCUUUGUGGAUUACCUUCUUUUAUUCUUCCUGCCAGAGCUCAUGCUUGGAGGAUGUUGAGGGUAGGAUUAGCUGGAUUUUGUUUGUUUUGUUUUCAUUCUUCCCUCCUUCUGUCUGCUCCCUGCUUAGCCCUUGGUUUUCUCAUUCCUCUGGAGUUCUCUUAGAGCAGCCCCUGUUAGUUGGCUGGCAAGGGAAUUUCUGAUGACUAGUUCUUAGUUAGGUCUUAGCAAUCAAACCAAAUCAAUGUUUCCCUUGAUUUGCCUCUGUGUAUAUGUGUGUGAAUGUAUGUGUGUAUUUUGGUUUGGGGUAGAGGGGAGGGAGGGGCAGGACUGUGGAAUCUCUCCGGUAUAUGGGUAGAUAAGUGGACCUAUGUUAACCUCUGGGGCAUCUGUUUUGGGGGUGAGUAUGGGUAUCACCCCCCUCAGCCAUCUGGCCUAGACACCGCUUGCCCUAUGGCCAUCUGCUCCCAGGAGGGCUUUAGGAGGAUAGCCCAUUAUUAGGUGGCUAUGCUACCAUCUAUUCUGGAGCCUAGUCUCAGUGGUGAGGGAAAGUGACUUUGUGAAAUGUGGCAGCCUCUUUUGGGAGGCAGGAUGGAAGUGAUAAAGGGCUGUUGAGGGGCUUUGGGGGAACUUCAGAGGAGGUCAGUCUUGCAGUGGUGAAGCCAGGAAUUUGGGGAUGGAGCAGGGUCACUAGUGGUAGGAGAUUCCAAGGGGAGUGCUGGGGAAAUCUUAUCUGUGGAUCAAAAGGGAUGGGGUGGGGGAUGGGGCGGGGGGGGAAGUCAUUGCUGAUUGAGCUAUUGAUUCUUAUAAAUUGCAUUGAAAACUCAUGUGUAGGGUUGAUGCUGUGGGGGGUUUGGGAUCCAGCUCAUUCUCUUUUUCUUCCAAGUCCAUCCUUGGGGUUGGUGGGGAGGCAGGAGAAUGCCCCCUUCCCAAGCCUUUAGUGUGUACUGAGCUUUCUUUUUGAUGCUGACAGGGGAGGGUGGGGACUUGGAUGGUGAGUGAGUUCCCCAUAUCAAAUCGUUUGGUGGGCACAAUGCUGAGUGCUUGAUUUUAGGUUUUAUUUUUUUAUGAAUGUCUAGAUCUGUUUCCCCCUGCCCUCCCAGACUUGUGUGGCCAGUUGGAAAUGUCUAGUUUGUGUUCAUCUCUCCCUCAUUUCUGGAGCAGGGGCUGAGACCCCGCCACAUCUCCUGUGCUCUGCAUCCACGCCUCUUUUGGACAUUAAAGGUCAAUUGAUGCACUU